AUGGCAGAGAGCAAGUACACAGGAGAAGCUGGGGAGGAUGGUGACGACACUGAUGAAUUGCUUUGUGCAGCCAAAGCCUACCUCGGCAGAAGCUCAUCUCUGAGUAAAGACACUGGAUUGGGGAGCAACAGCCCUAGCAACGAUAAAGAGUACCAGGACUUUGAGCCAGCCCAUCCCAUCAGACCCCAGUCAGACAACCCCUCUAGUAAUGGUGGUGGCACCCAGUGCCUGGCAGAAGGACCCCAAGAGAGAGGAGGGAAUGGCGCCAAGCCAUGCCCAGUGGAGGUGCUGCACUACGGGCUGGACUCCAGGACGGAGCAGUGCCGCUGGAGGCUAGAGAGGCUGCUGGGGACGGCUGGUAGAGGGCCAGUCAUCGAUACUACCACGCCUCCAGUCUCGGACUGCACAGUCUGCACGGAGGACCUCACCGAGCACUUCAAGGCCAAGACUGUGGACCUGGAGAGGAACAGCAAGGCUGCCUCCUGUCUGUCCUUUGCGUAUGAUGCUGGCACUCUCACUGACCACACUGAUGCCACUGCCACCUCAGAGCCUGCCUCCAAGAACAGAACCAUGACUCCCUUUAAAGAGAACAUCAGAUAUCUGGCAGGAGUGCCAGUGAGGAACUUUGAUGCUGUGACCAUAGACAGUGACCUGGAUUCAGUGCGCACAGAACAAGUGCACAGACACUUGCACAAGUCCUUCAGUCCUGAUAAAGUCAUUAAAGCAGUGGAGCAGAUGGACAGCAUGUGCUCAGAGAAGAGUGACUGGGAUACACUGGCCGAGCAGCAUGGUACAACAGGAUCAAGAGCGACAAUAGACUCUUCUGGACAGCCAACUCCAACCCACUGCAGGGGUAAACUAUUUAGUUCAGAUGACAACAGUGAGGACAGCGAGUCUGUCUCAGUCCCUCACUCCAGAAGCCUCCACAGAGCCAUGAGACAUCUGAGUGGCCACCACAGAAGACCAAGAGCCAGUCGAGUCAGGGAGAGGAUGACUGAGAGAAGACUCUUAGAGGAAACCCUGUCCAAGCUCAGAAAGGACAGUGAGAGAGAGGAGAGCAAACUGAUGAUGACCAGAGCAAAGCUGAGUGAAACGGAGCAGUCCAUCACAGACCUUCUCCAGCAACGACAGUCUGUGCUGCAGGAGCUGGAUGAGCUGAAGCUGGAGGUUACGCAGAGGGGGAGAGACUGCCAGAGGAUUCAGGCUGACCUGAGAGACAGCAGCAGCCAGGCGGACACCUCCAGGAGUGAGCUGCGGAGGCUGCAGGGCCAAAGGGACUCAUGUGUGAUGGAGGUCAGCGCCCUGCAGGGGGAGCUAGAGACUCUGUGCAUCAGGACACACGACUCAGCAGACGCCAACAGGCAGCCUGUGAGUGGCGUGUCAGUGCUGGAGAGGGAUGAGAUGGAUAGGCAGCUGGACAGAGCCAAGUCAGAACUCUUCACAGAACAGCGCCGCUUCAGACACGCGCUGGACUCCAUGACAGAAAGGCUGGAUGAUGCUCAGCAGGAGCUGGAGCAGAGGGAGGAGGAGCUGAGGGUGGUGAGGAGGAGGUGCACUGAGCUGGAGGAGCAGCUCACACACACCACUACACGAAAGGGAGCGCAGGACGAGUGUUUGCACAGACAGCUGAAGGACCAGGAGGUUAGAGUAGAGGCGCUUGAGCGGAUCGUGGCCCAGAAAGAGGUGCUUCUGCUGGGCUUGCAGGAGGAGAGGAGUACCCUGCAGCUGGAGCUCAGCUCGCAGAAGGAGGAGAUCCAAAGGCAGUGCACCUCCAUGCAGCAAGAGGCACAGCGAGAGAAGGAAGAGGCUCUUGAGGAACAGAGAGUGUGGUUAUCUCAGGAUCAUGAGAAAAGUCUUGAACAGGCCUGUAUUCUGUCCCAAGAUGAGAAGUGUGCAGCACUGAAAGAACAGGCCCAAUCACACACACAGCAUGUGGAGACCCUGGAGAGACGCAUCCAGCUGAAGGAGGAGGAGGUGCGUAGGCUGGGUGUGGUGGUGGAGAAGCAGGAAGAGGCCACAAGGAGCAGAGAGGAGCAGCUGAGAGGAGAGACACAACACAAGGUGCAAGAGGCUGUGGCGCAUGAGAGGAGGAGGUGUGAGGAGCAGAGGGAGGCAGCCCUGCAAGAGCAGCAGGAGAGGCUGAGGAGAGAGGCACAGCAGGAGGUGGAGAGGGAGAGGAAGGGGGCAGAGCAGGAGAUGCAGAAGGAGCGAGAGGAGGUGGAGAGGGAGAGGAGGAGUACAUUAGGCCUGCAGAGCAGAGUGCUGGAGCUGCAGACCACUGUGCAGGCUCUGGAGGAGAGGCUGAGUGCUCAGCAGAGGGACCAUGAGGCUGCUCAGGCAGCAACAGCACGCACCCUCAGAGAGGAGCACCAGGCACACAUACAAGACACACGCAGACAAGCAGAGGAGGGGGCUGAGAGGGAGAGCUUGGAGAUCAGACAGCGUCUUCAGCAGUCAGAGGCCCAGCUGCAUGCUUGCCAGACUGAGCUUGCAGAGCAGCAGCGAGCCCACCAGAUGGCGCUGGAGAGAAGCGAACAGCAGCAGCAGCGAUGGGCCCAGCAGCUGCAGAUGGAGUGCCACAGCCUGCACGGCACACUGGGGAAUGAAGUCCACAACACGGCGCUCAUUGGAAACACGCUGCUCAGCCAUAAUCUAGGCCAGGCGGUGGAAAUGGUACAGACCCUGAGACAGCAGACCCAGAAAUGCAUCAGCAAGCUCCAACAAGAGUUGGUAUUACAAAAACACAACGUGCAGAAAUUGGAACAGGACAAGGAACAUGAGCUGCAUGUCCAGCGGGAGCAGCUGCUGCUGGAGAAGGAGAGAGGCCUGCAGACCCUACGGGAGACACUCAUACAGGAGCACAUAGAAGAGCUGAGUUCUCUGAAGCGGUGUAGUGUGCGUGGGGCACCAGAGGGGGGCGGUGUGGAGGCGCUGCGCCGGCGUCUGUGGGAGAAGGACGAGGAGCUGAGGGAGGUGCAGAGGGGCAUGGCCCAGUGGAAGGAGCGCACAGCCGAGCGCAUCGCACGCAAGAUGGAGGAGCAGAUGAGUGCCGAGCUGGAGAGGAGGAAUCCUAGAGUGCGUUCAGACCCGCAGAAGAAGAUUCAACGCCUCGAAGAGGAGAUGAGACAGCUCACUAUGUGUGGUGACCUGAAUCCCCCAGGCCCAGCCCCAUCCUCCUCUUCUUCCAAGUCUCCUCACCUCCCUGCCUCAGCCAAGUGCCAUUCCCAGGACCUGGCCUCUCAUCCUCCCUCCUCGCCUGCUCUCCGUUCGCAGGACCUGGCCUCCUACAAACUCCUACGCCACCUCCAGACUCGUAUUCGCCAGCUCCACUCUGAGAGCCGAGCUCAGCAACACAGCGCUCCCCCUCCUCCAACACAGCCUCCUCUACCGAGCAGCAGGCCUGCAGCACUGCUUGGCUCCUACCUGGAAACAAUUGCAGCAGACACUGGCAGGCCUUGACGCAACAGCAGACAAAGGAAGUGAGAGAUGGAGACUCAGAAUCAUUCAAGGGAUUCACUCCUUCGUGUGCCCUUGGCUUGAUAUGCUGAUUGCUAUUCUUUUUUUAUCUCCACCAAUUAUUACCUCCAAGGAGGUUAGGUUUUCGGUCGCUUUGGUUUGUCUGUUAGUUUGUUUGUUAGUUUGUUUGUCUCUCUGUCAGCAGGAUAAUUCAAAAAGUUAUGAACGGAUUUUGAUUUGAAAUUUUCCACCAAAACAAGGCAGAAAUACUUGAAAAGUCCUAUAACGUGUUUUUCCACAUACAACCCGGCUGUGCCGUGCCAUGCUGUGCGUGCCAUGUCGAGCUGAGUGGUGCUGUUAAACCAGCCCGGUUUGUGUUUCCAUUACAAGCCGUGUUACCCCGAGUAUGGUUGAAGUUACGUAGUAUGUCACGGAGCAUUACUUUAUGUACGGCUAGUUGACUUAACUUAUGGCCGACAGAUAUCUCACCUAUCGAAAUAGGCUAUAAAUAGUUUCAGCGACAUCAUAUUUGGGUACUAUAAUGUUGAUUUCUGUCUUCAAUUUUCUUAUCAAAGUAAUACAGUGUCAAACUGAAGAGCAUUCCAAGAGAGUUGAUCUGUUGGCCGCCAUGAUUAUUUUUCGAUUCACGGGUGAGGACAAGCUGGGUAGUAGACAGCGAAAGACCUGUUCAACUCACUUCAGCCGGCCGGCUGGUUCUCAAGCUGAGUUGAGCUGUGUCGAGCCCAAUCAAAAAGCAACAAGUUGCGGCAGAGCCGUGCUGUGUCGAGCUGUACCAGGUAGAAAAUGGGCAGUAGAAAGGAGACUAUUUUAUUGGCAUAGGAUUCCACAGCGUGUAGAUGUUAUGGCGUCAGUGACCUCAUGACCUUGGCAGAGGUUUGCAAUCUCUAAGCGCUUCUAGUUUAAAGAUAUGUUAAGGGUUUUUUCACCUUUAUUAAGCAGACAGAACAGAUGAGGACAAAGGAUCGGCAAAGGACCUCGGGUCGGAAUCGAACGCGGGAUUCCGGAGAAAUGGUAGAAAUGGUAUGGCGUCUUAGCUCAUUGAGCCACCACACUCAAGCUGACUGCUAUUACAAAUGGAUGCUAUUUUUCAAACCAUCAGUUUGAAAAAAAUCACAUACUGUUAUCCGCUCAUACUCUAACAUACAUUGAAGUAGACCAAAGAUAAAAACUACUCAGUAUUGCUGUAACAAGAAGUCAUAGGUCGUACAAAAUGCCCAUGGAGAGUGGCAAAGCUUUUUUGGCAGUGACUUUUGUACAUGAGGAACCACUGACACAACUUUUCUUUGGAUCUUUUUAACUUUGCGCCUUUAUUUGACAGGCCAGUGAAGAUAACACCGGGAAAUAGGGAAGAAAAAGCUGGGAUAGGGUUGGGAAAUUUAAACUUGGAUCCACAUGAGCUGAGUGAUUUGGCAUACAUUGUACAGGUGCACACAGCAACCCCCUAAGACAUUCUUUUAAAGAAAGAAAUCUAUUACUACUUAACGAAUCAUGGGGAAAAUGACAUAGGUGAAAUGAACAUGGUGAAAUUCCCUGAAAAUGACACAAGGGCAAAGGUUCUCCACAGUCUUUGUGGUGUAACUGCAGAGGAGGGUAAUGUCCCACCGGUUUCUUAGAAGUACAUACUGUAUGUGUCAGCAGUACUGUCAGCAUUCACCACUUUAGUUUUAUGGUGAGACUGAAGCCAUUCACCAGUCAGCUGACCUACAUGGCGAGGUCGCUGUGACCUUAUGAGUGCACUGUGCACUCACACGUCUUAGGUCACACAGCCUUUCACAACCAUCAUUUACGCAAAGGUAGUACAUUCCAUUCUUCUUCCGUUAUUCCCUCUGAUUUAAGUGAAGUGAAGAUUGCCAGUCAUGCAGGCCAUCUUCGACAGUAGUUUAGUAGUAAGCAGGUAGACUUCUUCAGACAGUUCAGUUCUACAGUUCAGUGCAAGAGAUGGAUAUUGUAAACAGGAUCAGUUGGUGUAGUCGUUCUAAUGUAGUUUUAGCUCCUAAC